AUUGCCUCAGAAUCACACUCAAUUAAAAAGCAAAAACAACGUAAUCCAUCAUUUAAUCACAGCAGUUCUUCAUCAAGCUCGAAAGACGGCAGUCCUCCAUUGAGUUCAACAAAUAGCAGUUCUCCAUCAGAUUCUGAUCAUAAAACUCCACGAAAAUCAAUUAAAAAUGGAACGUUUCUUUUCUUACCAUAUAAUUUCGACCAUAAGGCUAAAACAGGAAGAUCUGAUAAUUUAUUAGAAGUGGCCAAAGAAUUGCAGCGUAAACAAUUUAUUGUUUGUAAUGGUCGUUUUUCUAUAUUAGAAAAACAAUAUGGUGUUCGUAUCAAUAUGAUUACAUCAAAAACAAGUAAACAAAUUACUGAUGCACUUGAAAAUGCUAAAAAAGGUUUAGAGAAUCUUAAAAUUCGUAAUCAAGAAGAAACUAUAAGAAAAUCAGAAAACUUAGAAGGUGAAUGGGUUCUCAUUCGAUCAAAGAAGCUACAAAGUCAAACAAAACCAGCUGAUAUGGAACAAGCAUUAGAUGAUCUAAUAAAUCGAUGGGAAAAUUGUUUAAAAAUAAAAAAACGCUCAUAUGAUAAACAAGAUGAUUCAGACACUCCGACUCCGAAAAGGAAAUACCUUUCACAUUAA